UUUCUUGAUCGUUGUUAUCUGUUUUUGUUUUGUUUGUAUCAGUUAGUUUCUUGGGAAAAGGAGGAUGCUUGUAGGAGUUUUUGGGUGUUUUGUUUCUGAAUUUUUGGUGUGUGGUUGAUUUGGGGGUUUUGGUGAUGUGGGUCCGUUUUUGUUCUGCUUGAUUGUUCUUGAAUUGUGAUUCUGUUGUUGGGUUUCUUUAAUUAAGUUCGUUAAAGAUAUGCGGUUGGCUCUUUGCAAUUUGCUAUGGGCUAAAAUUUAGAUUUCAGUUCAUUUGAUAGAAGAAUAUCUGUCCAAGUACUUGGGCUUUUCGGUGGAUGCUGCCGCUAUAACUGUUCUGUAUUUGUUGGUGAAGAUUUAGAGAAGCAUGAUAAAGAUUUUUAAAUGCUAGAAAAUUGGAUGUUUGUCUUUGAAGUGUAAGAGGAAAGGGAAGAGAGGAGACGUCUUAACGGUGCUUUAAUCAUAGCCAUUUACACUAGAAAAAGAGGGCAUUUGGUUGCAUUCAUUUUGAUUUAGGAAAAAAUUAUUUCUUGGGAUGCAGAUGUGUUGUGAAUUUAGCAUGUUCUGCUGUCAUGUCUGAAUCGAUAUCUACGGAUCUAUCUAGACUGCGAGUAAGCAGCGCUUGUUUUGUUUGAACGUCAUUAUCUGCAUAGAUGUGAUCUAACAUGUGAAGUGUUAUUUUUAGUCGAAUGGAAAUUUUAGAAGUUCAUUGACUGUUAAUCUCUCAGAUGAUUCAUGAUUUUUCUCUAGUAAGAUGGUUGGAGUCGUUUCAAAUAUGCUACAGCAAAAUUUGGUCUCCUUGGUAGUGCAUUCUUGUGCAGUAGAAUAUAGAAAUUUCUUUUGAAGAAUCAGAAUGAGUUUUUUAAUUGAAACUUCAACUUUGUGUCAAGCAUGCUGCUAAAAGAACUUACAUCUGUGAUAUAGAUGCUCAUCAUUCAUACCGUCAAUAUAUUAUAAUCUUUAUCAAAGUUGCAUGUAAGGCUUGUCAUCUGUGAACUGUGAUGGUAUAGUUUUAAUGUUCUGCCAUCUACAUCAGUUUUGACAUUUUAGUGUCUCUAAACCAUGCACUUGAUUCAUCUGAACACUAUUUCUUUAGUUCCUGUUAGUUUUAAACGGUAUCGUAAAUGGAAUUUUGUGCUGCAAUCGAGCAUUAUGGUGACUGUAUUUGAUGAAAGUGAACUGUCAUGCUCAAUAAGCUCUGUUGUUCGUAUACCACUUUUAUCAUGAAUCUUUGAUUGUACACUUUAUUACAUUGUCACGAUGGACUUCUUGAAGUGCAUUUUUAUUAGGUUCACCUUUCUAGUUGCUAUAUUUCUCAUGGAAUAAUGGUCGUCUUGAAAGAUAGAUUCUUCGAAAGUUGCUCUCUGCUACUUGAUCUCUUCCUGCAUAUGAUGUACUGGUCCACUUCUUUUUGUUUUUGUUAGCACUUUGUGCGAGCAAAAAAAAUUGAAAAAUUAUUUCCAAUCAUUUCCCCAGGAAAUUGGGGAACAUUUCUGGUCUGGGUGAUGUACUCUUAUGUCACUCUCAUGUUGUAGUAGGUUUGAAGUUGACAUCCAGACUAGCUGAUUUCAUACCGUGGUCUUAGAUGGACGACAGUGGGCAUCGUGAAAAUGGAAGGCAUAAACAACCUCACAGUCAGUGGUUGAUGCAGCAUCAGCCAUCAAUGAAACAGAUAAUGGCCAUUAUGGCUGAAAGAGAUGCUGCAAUCCAGGAACGGAAUUUGGCCAUUUCUGAAAAAAAGGCCGCUUUAGCUGAGAGGGAUAUGGCUAUUUUACAGAGAGAUUCAGCAAUAGCCGAACGAAAUAAUGCCAUAAUGGAAAGAGACAACGCUAUUGCCACUCUCCAGUUCCGUGAAAAUGCCAUGAAUAACAGCAACACGUCUCCCUGCCCACCUGGAUGCCAAAUCCCACAUGGAGUAAAACACAUUCACCAUCCUCAGCAACAUGCGCACCAUCAUCAGUCCCAUAUGGUUGAAGCUCAGUACAACACCAGGGACAUGCACAUGGCUGACACUGUUCCAACGUCACCUGUUGCUCCCGAGCCUGCAAAGGCCCGUCGUGCAAAACGAACAAAGGAGGCAAAGCCUGCAACAGCUCCCACGAGGAAACCUUCAAAAUCUUUGAAAAAGGUUAAACGGGAAGGCGAGGACCUUAACAAGACAAUGUUCGAGAAGCCACAUGAGUGGACAAAUGGGCCGGAUAUGAGUAGAACGAAGCAAGAUUGGAAGGAUCAAGACCUGGGAUUGAACCAGGUUGCAUUUGACGAGACGACCAUGCCUGUGCCUGUAUGUUCUUGCACAGGGGUUCUAAGACCGUGCUACAAGUGGGGUAAUGGUGGCUGGCAAUCUUCAUGUUGCACAACCAACUUGUCGAUGUAUCCUCUCCCAGCCGUACCUAACAAACGACACGCUCGAGUUGGUGGGCGGAAAAUGAGUGGAAGUGCAUUUAACAAACUGAUCAGCCGGCUUGCUGCCGAAGGUCAUGAUCUAUCAAAUCCUGUUGAUCUUAAAGACCACUGGGCAAAGCAUGGGACAAACCGCUACAUCACCAUCAAAUAAGUACCUUUGACAAGAGAAAUAUCGCAUGCACGAAAAACAACAUUUAGUGCGAAUGUGCUGUUGUUGAUGUCCUGAGUUGGGAGGCUGAACUGCUCGCCAAGAUAACGGACGAUGGUAAAAUAAAUCUUAAUUUUUCAGUUAGUCAUCUUGCAAAAGUGAUGUUCUCGCCCCUUCAUAUCUUGUACUCGUCUUUAAGCAUUGUCUAGAAUGGAUGAACUUUGAUUCAAGGGAGGAAGAAGAGGUAAUAUCAUGCAAUUUGUUUGGAAGAGAAGAGGUCACACUUGUAUCUUCUUUGCAUGCAACUGCAAAUAGCUGUAAUCCAGGUUGUGUUGUAUGUUCGAAUUCUUAUCAUGUUUGUAUCAUCGGUAGCCGUAAAUUGUGAAUAAAGGGUCUCUUUUGACAAUUUCA